AUGGCUGAUCAAGGCCCAAACACCAUCACCCUCAUCUCCAACGAUGGCGUCCCCAUCGUUGUCAAGCGCCAGGUCGCCGAGCGCUCUAUGCUCAUCGUCAACAUGAUGGAGGAUCUUGGAGAGACUGCUGGUGCUGAAGUGCCUAUUCCCAACGUCAACGAAUCCGUCCUCAAAAAGGUCAUCGAAUGGUGCGAGCACCACAAAGACGACCCCCCCGCCUCCGCCGACGACGACUCCGACUCCCGCAAGAAGACGACCGACAUCGAAGAGUGGGACCAGAAGUUCAUGCAAGUCGACCAAGAGAUGCUCUUCGAGAUCAUCCUCGCCUCCAACUACCUGGACAUCAAGCCCCUCCUCGACGUCGGCUGCAAGACCGUGGCGAAUAUGAUUAAGGGGAAGAGUCCCGAGGAGAUUAGGAAGACGUUUAAUAUUACGAAUGAUUUCACGCCUGAGGAGGAGGAUCAGAUUAGGAGGGAGAAUGAGUGGGCUGAGGAUCGUUAA